GCACCGCGCCAGAGUUGUGUAACUUUCCAGCUUCUUCCAGGCGAAAACUCUCGCGGCCGUAGCUGGUUAGCUAGCCACAUCGGCUAAAAUAGGAACAUCGGUCUGAUUUGGUUCUGGAUGUUCAGAAAAAGUUUAUUUUUUGUAUAAAGGUGGAGAGUUUUAUCCAUCGGAUUAGUCGAGGUGAAGAAGAGAAGACGGGAAAAAAGACAAAAGAAAAUCGGGGGCGGAUCAGAAAUCAAACAUGUCCUCCUCUUCCUCCUCGCAGGCAUCUUCCAGGCGGCAAUGGUGUUAUCUUUGCGACUUGCCCAAGAUGCCCUGGGCCAUGAUAUGGGAUUUUAGUGAAGCGGUGUGUCGCGGGUGUGUGAAUUAUGAAGGCGCGGACAGGAUAGAAAUGCUAAUAGAUACGGCGAGACAGCUGAAACGCACCCAUGUGAUGCAGGACGGAAGGUCUCCAGGUCCCCAGUCGGGGGGUAAACACGGCCCUGGGGCGAAAGAUGCCGCGCUGGAUGGGAGCAGAAACACUGAGCGGUUUGAAAGGAGCAGAGGAGAAUUUGUACCUGCCAGACUCCCUAAUGGACUGCCCAGGCUGGAAGAUGGUGCUGUUGCAGAGGUGAGCAGGCAAAGUCCUAAUGCCAGAAGGACGAUGGUGGCAGGUGUGCCACCCAAUUUGAUGGCCCAGGGAAUUGUAGGUACACCGCAUGGCCUUUUGAUCGGUGCCAGAUCCAGCGGUGCACCUCUGGCUUUAUCUGCACCAAUACUGAGCGAACUUGGGAAAAGACAGGCAAUGGGUGUCGGGAUGUCGUUCGUGACCUCAGACUUUGAAAAGGACCUGAAGGAGAAACAACGGAAUGCCGAAGCCCUCGCAGAACUUUCCGAAAGUGUUCGGAACCGGGCCGAUGAUUGGGCCGGACGUCCCAAAUCUGUCCGUGACACUUUGCUUGCGCUUUCCAGCUGUGUGCCAUUCAAUGUGCGCUUUAAGAAAGACCACGGCCUUGUCGGGAGAGUGUUUGCAUUUGAUGCCAAGCUUGGGGUGGAUUUUGAGCUCAAGGUGUUUGUUGAGUACCCGUGUGGCUCGGGCAAUGUUUUCUCGAGCUUGUUGGCUUUGGUGAAGCAGAUGUUCCAGGAUAGCCAAAAAGACUCAGGCAAAGUGAUCAGCUCCGGCUUUAAAUACGUUGAAUACGAGAAACGACACGGUGUUGGUGAUUGGCGUCUCCUUUCCGAGCUGCUCAGCGAUGGUCUUCGGGUAUUUAAAGAACCACCGAUACCUGAUUCACUCCCUCAACCUUAUUUGGAUGCUGCCUGUGCCAUGUUGCCCACUGCUCUCUGCCAUCUCGGACGUCCUGGCCAAGCUCGAAUGCGGCGCCGGAAAGCUUCUCCAGAUCCGGAUGCGGCUGAGAGAUUGACAGCUGAGGAUCAAAUACGUCAACAUUGGUACCCCAGCAUGAGCAGCCACAUUCCCACCAGUUCUCUUGCGAGUGCUAUGCCUGGCCAGCCUCCAAAUCUCCAGGAAAUAGUUCCUGUUUCCCAUGGGAGUGAUCCUUCACCUAUCAGCGCCCUCAUGACUGUUGCAGACAAUGUUGGUGCCAUUAGCCAAUCGCCAAAAGACAUGCCGGGAAGUAGUGGUGCUCACGGUUCUAGCGCUAGCCCUUCAUCAUCCGGGCAAAGGCGACUCGCAUCACGUAACGGUGAAAACGGAUCCGGAAUAGCUGCGGUUGCCACGGCAAUGCCCCCUGUUGCAGUGGCAGAGCAGGUAUCUGAAAUCUCUGGAGCAUCUGGAGCUCCUUUAUGUUGCACCAUUUGCCAUGAAAGGCUUGAGGAUACACACUUUGUCCAGUGCCCUUCGGUACCCGUGCACAAGUUCUGCUUCCCCUGUACCAGGGAAUUCAUCCGUAAUCAGGGCUCAGGGAGUGAGGUGUACUGCCCAAGCGGUGAUAAAUGCCCGCUUGUGGGCUCCAAUGUACCCUGGGCAUUCAUGCAAGGGGAGAUCUCAACCAUCCUGGCUGGAGAUGUGAAAGUCAAGAAGGAGCGGGACCCUUAAUUUGAAUCAGGAAGUUGCAGUCCCUGAACCCCAGAGAUGACCGAUGCCACAGCACUGAAGAGACGACCGUUCACGUGCAAACAUCAUCUUUCUCCGUUUCUCAUCCCUCUGUCUACAAUCAAGAGUUUAUCUAAACAUCCAUUUGUCUUUAAUGGUGUUAAGAAAUAUGUUUUCUGUUUCUCCUUUUACCACUUUUCCCAUCUUCUAUCCACAGCUCAGUCAACCAUUCUUUAUACUCCCCCUUUUUUAUGUUAUUAUUAUUAUUUUUUUUUUUUAUAACAUAUCUCACCCACCGCUCCACCUUUAUUUCUGGUCGCUCUGGUAGGGAAUUGGUAGCUCAGUGGACUUCUGAUCACAAGUUUGUAAAUUCAAAUUCAAGUACUACUAAGCUGCCACUGCUGGACCCUUGAGCAAGGCACUUAACCCUCAUAAAUGAGAUCAUUGUAAGUCUAUCUGGACAGGGGCAUCUGCCAAAUGUUGUAAAUGUACAUUUCUGUCUUCUCAUUACUUAUUUUGCUUUUUAAAUUAUACCCAAUUAACAAUUUCUCUGUCUUCCUGAACCUCAACUUUAUUUCUGUCAUCACUUCUCUCCCACACUUUCUUUCCAUCUCUCCAUUCCUCUUCUCAAUUUAUUUCAAUUCAGUUCAUUUCAAUAUUUCUAGCGCUUUUAUCAAGGCAGCAAUUUCCCUUUUCACGUCACACUUUCUUUCAUUCCUCCUUUAUUCUCCUUUUUAUGGACAAUCAGAGAUUUUUCCCCACUGCAACAUGUAAUUGUGCUUUACUACAAAGCUAAUAAUUUUAUCUAGUUUUUUUUUUUUUUUUUCCGGUAACACCCCCCUUUUUUUUUCUUCUUUUUUUUAUUUUUUUAUUUUUUCCAAGCAUUACCGCUUUCCAGAAGUAGAUAUCUCAUAUGCAUCAUACAACAAAUGAUUUAUCCAGAUGAAUGUUCUAAAAAUAGGUAUUUGCAAAAAGCUUCAACAAAAUGCUUUUUGUUUUAAAUAGAAUUGAGCAGCCAAGACAUAUUAGAUAUUAACACAGAUAAGUGAACUUUGUCAUCCAGAAUUCCGUAACUCCGUGAGACAUUAUUCACUAAACUAGGCACUAAAGCUUCGCGGUUGAUUGAGUACAUUAGGCAAAAUGGAUUUGCUUUAGAUUUAUUUUUGUCUAUUUGUUUCUUUAACAGCUACAACAGCACUAAGGUAGGCAUGAGUCAAUGGUAGAUAUACAUAUUGCAAUAACUGCACAGCUGUUUUUACAAUCUUAAAAUGUUUUUUUUUUCUUUUUUUCGAGUCGACUCUUUAGUGUGAUGCAUUUAUUAUAUCAGUUAAACAAAAUUGUCUUAAAUAAGGCAUAUAACUGUCCAUGUGCUGGUAGAGAAUUUUUUUAAUAAAUGGCACCUAAACAAAGGUAA